AUGCCCAAAUCGUUUCCAGAGCCGCAACCAGGAGGCAGCCUCAUUCUCGCGUGGCAGGUCAAGGACAAGAACGUUUUAGUAGUCGGCGGCGGCGAGGUCGCUGCAGGUCGCAUUCUCAACUGCCUAAAUGCCGACGCCAACGUGACUGUCGUGUGCCCUGCCGCCGGCCUCAACAAAGAAGUCGCCCAUCGAGUUGCAGAGAAACAAAUCACACACAUCGACCGAGUCUUUGAACCCUCCGAUCUCGACAAUGCAGUCAUGGUCCUGGUCGCCAUUGACGACCCAGAUGCCUCCACCGUCAUCUGGAAGCUGUGCAAGGAGAAGAAGAUUCCUGCCAAUAUCGCAGAUGUCCCGCCGGAAUGCGACUUUUACUUUGGAAGCGUCCACAGAGACGGCCCCCUACAAAUCAUGGUCAGCACCAAUGGUCGUGGACCUCGGCUUGCUGCCUCCAUCCGCCGCUUUAUUGCCAGCAAGCUCCCCAACAACGCAGGUACUGCCAUCGAUGUCAUUGGUGAACUGCGAAUCAAGCUGCGCAAAGUUGCCCCCAAAGUGGAAGAUGGCCCAAAGAGGAUGCGCUGGAUGUCCAAAGUGAGCGACACAUACAAGUGGGAAGAAAUGUGCCAGAUGACACACGAAGAUAUGGAAAACUUGCUUUUGUUUUAUCCCGCCAACAAAGCUCCGUCCAUGGACAUCGUCAAGUCGCUCCGCGAUGUGCGCGACGUUGAGGCGCUCGACGUCUUCGAAGGGUCGUUUGGAUUUAGCAUUGGCGUCUGA